CUCACUUCCCUUGGCCCGCUUUGCGCUCACUCUGCAGCAACAGGACGGUCCAAGCAGUGGCAGCCAAUCAAUGCCUGCCGUACUGUACGAUUCGAGGAUCGUAAGAGCCUAAGCCAAGUGGGAUCGACGCCUUGAGCCCUGAGCAGCUUUCCGCCAUCUCUGACGAUUUCUGUCUCUGCCUCGCCGGACCAGGUCCGAUCAAGCGUCGACAGGCGGUCAGUGUGGCCCGAGCUCACGCUCCUCUCACGCAGGUCCAAUCAGCUCACGGGACAAGCUCGCACGGUCGAGACCCACUUCGUUGCACGAUUCAAGGACCGUAUUGAAAUGCUCCGAAUCGAACCGAUCAAGCGACGUCCAUUGUUCCUUGCCAUCGUCAACAUCAUCACCGACGCUUGCUCUUUGCGACUCCAUUCGUGUUCCCAUCGUACCCAACUCACUUCUGUCCGCUCUCCCGGCCAUGGCACGCAGCAUCGGCCACUCGGCCAUUCUGAUCGCCCUCUGCCUCUCACUCCUCCUCGCCCCCCUCGUAGCAGCCAUCGACCGCAUCUCUGUCCGAGGCAAAAAUCUCGUUCGCCCUAAUGGCGAGCGCUUCUACCUCAAGGGGCUGGCGUACCAAGAGUCGGCGCCUACCCUUUCCUCAGAGGAAAACGACCAAUCCGGUGGCUUUCCCGAGCCAGGCACCUUCGUCGAUCCUCUGAGUCUGCCUGCCAAUUGCACGAGAGAUGUGGCCAAUUUCAGAGAUCUGGGCAUCAAUGCCAUCCGAGUGUAUUCGGUCAAUUCAUCUCUCAACCAUGACGAAUGCAUGAAGACCUUCAGCGAUGCCGGCGUGUACGUCAUUCUCGAUCUUGGCCUGCCGCUCAACGGUAGCAUCAAUCGAGCGAGCCCUACGUGGGACACGGCAUUGCAGACAGAGUACCUCAAGACUCUUGAUGCCUUCCUUCCUUACGACAACCUCCUCGCCGUCAGCGUGGGCAAUGAGGUCAUCGCAAACGACGCAACGACCAGUGCGGCACCCUUCGUCAAAGCGGCGGCGAGGGACAUGAAAGCCUACCUCAGGAGCAAGAACAGCGGCGUGUUAGUCACCUACAGCGGCGCAGACGCUCCAGCGGGGGCCAACGGUCGACGCAAGCUUCUGGCAGACUACCUCGCCUGCGGUACUAACGAGACGAGCAUUGACUUCUACGGCCACAAUUCCUACGCCUGGUGUGGCGACUCUUCUCUAGCCGACAGCGGCUACAGCACUCUCGCGAGCGACUUUGCCGACUACCCCAUCCCUAUGAUCUUCUCCGAAGUCGGCUGUGUCCCCAGCGCUGGAGCCGACUCUCGCCCUUGGACUGAGAUUAACGCCAUCUUCUCACCGCCCAUGACCGAUUCCUUCUCUGGCGCUGUGGCGUUCCAGUAUUUCCCCAAGGAUCCAUCCGCAGAGGGCAAAGACUACGGCUUGGUCUCCUUUGAAGGCGGUGACGUCGUCAAGAGGGCAGAUUGGGCAACGCUGAAGAGCCAGUUCGCAGGUGUCAAUCCCAGCACUGCGGCUUCUACUUCACGGCCUGCUCUCCCUGCCUGCAAUGAGCAGGGUACUGGCGCAUUCGCUGCCUCUUCUCAGCUGCCUCCCACCCCCGACGUAGCCUACUGCUCCUGCCUCGAAUCCACCGCCUGGCCAUGCGUUGCGCGCCCCUCGGCACGCGACAAUCCCGCCAUUCUUGGCCUCCUCACCAACCAAGCAUGUGGCUUCCUCGGCCAGGCAGGGUCGAGCUGCUCAGCAAUUACGGCCAACGGGUCCACGGGAACGUACGGCAAUAUCUCCUUCUGCUCGCCCGUACAGCGCCUCGACUGGGCAUUCAGCAGCUACUAUCAGGCGACGAAUAAUAACGCUCAGAGCUGCGACUUCAGUGGCAAUGCCACGCUCAAGGCUAAUGCGAAUAGCUCGGCGGCAGGAUCGAGACAGGCAGCCGCUGCGUGUGCCUCCCAGAACGCCGUCGGUGUCAAGACGCCUGCUGACCCAGACGAAGCGUCGUCGAGCAGUGAUGGUGGUGGUGGAGGCUCAUCGACGUCGAGCCAGGAUGGCAACGGCGCUACGACCUUGCCAGCGAAGGCUGGUGGCCUCGUCACGACGACGCUCUUGGCACUGGGCCUCCUGCUUGUACUGUGAGCGUCACCGCUUCUCCUCUGACUCCCGGACAUCUCGGCCGCUUCUGGACCUUAUUUGCUUCUGACUUCCAAUCUGUACAUUCGCAAUGCUGUCUGGAAAAGACGCCUCGAACUCACCCUCUUUCCUCUUGAUCGAGGACAAUCGUAUAUCCAUCGCGCUAGCGUCUUCUUCGUUGCCCAUCGUACGACGCCGUGCGUUCUUCCUUUUGUCAGAGUACUCCACGCUCAGACUGUUGGAGUC